UUUUACCAUCUUUCGAACAAUGUAAAGGGGAGCUGACAGGGAAAGCAUCAUGAUCUGGUUUGUCUGCCUUUGUGGAUAUCUUGUAUUUGAUUUUUCGUAUGUCGCUCUUGGUUUGCGACUACACUCGAACCCUGAUGGAAAAGAAACGUCCAUGGCGGGAAAGGACGCAUCACUCACUUGUUACUAUUCGCCAGCCCUAUCGUCUCCAGAUCAAUUUGACUCUCUCUUUUGGAAGUUUUCGCCAAAGAAUGACCCAGCGAAUGAGGUUGAGUUGGCAUCCUACAGAGUUUCUAUGGGAAUAAGGUACAACAGCGGAUUGUCGUCGAAGUUGAGACUGAAUGCGAGCUGGCAAUAUGGAGGAUUACUGACGAUCAUGAACACUACCUUGGAUGAUCAAGGGGACUAUACUUGUCAGGUUGCAACAUUGAUGGGCUUUGAAGACAGCAUUAUAACACUUACAGUUUACGCCGUACCACGGUAUCUUCAAAUCUACGACGCAAGCCAUCAACUGAUCGACCACACAUCACCUUUGCAAAUAGCUUCAGGGGAGCCGUACAUCAUCUUUUGCGCAGCCUUUCCAGCAUCCAGCCCGGCAGCUAACCUGAGCUGGCAACUUGACCCAACACUGAAAGUAGCCCGUAACAUGAUCUACGCCGCACCGGAGAACGUAACAUCGUUAACCAGGCCCUCAUCAUCGUCGUCUUCGGCGAGGGGAUGGGAAUUCUUCGCUACGGAAAGGCGGCUUGUCCUGACGCCGAGGGAUGAAGACCACGGAGCGAUCAUCCGUUGCUCUUGCGAUCAUAUUGGGUUACGUGAGGAUUUAUCCGUCUCCAUCACACUGAGUGUGCUAGUUUCUCCGAGUUACAUCCGGGUAUACACCGGUGAUUUUCGGCCUCUGACUGACACCGGAAGCUUAAACGUUUCACAGGACAGUGAGGUGUCCUUCGUCUGCAUGAGCACCAGGUCGAGGCCGGCAACCGUCCCACGAUGGUGGAUUGGCGAUGACGAGAUUACAGACGAUGUGACAAGGACGGUAAUCCCGUACGACGAUCAAGAUCUCUAUGAUGUAUCCAGUCGCCUGACCUUGGGAAAGGUUCUCCGACAAUAUCAUGGCAAAGCUAUUGCUUGUUCGGCUUCCGCUUUGAAUCUUCGACCUGUGGAAACGAAUUUCACUUUGCUCGUUCUGGGACCACCGGACCCUCCACAAAUAAGAAACAUCUCAGUGGCCGUCACGGAGGGAAGAUCAAGUUCUUUAGAGUGCGUCGCCUUGCAUGGGUACCCUCCAGCAGACAUCGAAUGGCUCAUUGACGGAUAUUCUACUUCCGAUUUUGAUACCGUGAUUGUGAAACGAUGGCGAUAUGAUCUCGUAAGCCGUUUGACAAUUCACCCAAACCGAACUAUGAACGGGAAAGAAGUCACCUGCAUCGUCCGUUUUCCGUCAGUCCAACCAACGGAAAUGAACAGUUCGGUGUCUUUGAAUGUUUCAUUUUGUCCAUACAGCCUUUCCAUAUCAUGCCAACCCGUGUCGGCUGGCCAACCCAGUGACAUCACUUGCAGAUCUGCACUGGGAAACCCCGCCCCCAGCUUACUGUGGACCCUCGACGGACAGGGGAUCGAAGACCUUCAUGUCAAUCAGUCAGAGACUUCAAGUAGCAGUAACACCACAAUGGGGUUUUUCUCUUCGUCUCUAUUUUCGAGGAGUUUCGACGCCGAUGACCACGGGAAGCUCGUCCGGUGCUGUGCAGCGCGGAACGUGAUUUUGGGAUGCACUGAAUAUGUCUGCGCGGAAUGUCCACUGAAUGUUUAUUGUAAACCGAAACUUCUCCAAUCUGGAAAUGACAUGGUAAAGUCGCGCCAUGAGUACUACAUUACCCUUAGUUGCUCAGCCCGUGGGAAUCCAUACCCCUCGAUAGAAUGGUACAGUCCAUGGAUGGUUCAAGAUUCGCCCAUCAACGCAUCUACACCUGGCGUCAUCUCACUGGUCGAUACCAUUAUUGACGGGGGUGGGUCUGAUCGGGUGACUGUGCAGAGUACAUUGGUGAUCGAAUCUUCGGCAGGAAUUGAUGCAAAGGUUCAAGGGGUCAGGUGCGAGGCUUCGAACUCCAUCGGCUCCACUUAUACAGUAUCCUUCUUUGGCAAUGCAUCGGAUAUCUCUUCAGUGUAUGACCCAAGGACUGGUCUUUUGACGGUGCGUUAUGAUCCUGAUUUCAUGCCGGCACUGGCCGCUGCCAUACCCUGUGUCCACGUGGAUUACAAGCUCGCUAGCACCCAAGCAUGGAAGUGGGGUGCCACUUGCUUCAGACUGCAAACUAAUGAGACGGUAGUCCAGGUCCAAAGUGGGCUAGAGAACACUGAGCUCGGGCUGAGGGUGUGCUUCUACGAGGAGUUCUGUAGCAGUCCGCUGCCACCUCGACCAUCUUUUCAGAAAUCAACAAGACCAAUCAACAUUCUUCUGGUUCCAAUAUUGGUCGGUGCAGCAAUCGGUGGGAUUCUCUGUUUCUCAGGGGGAUUCAUUAUAUGUCGCAAAAGAAGCAAGAAAGGACGUACUAGGUCGAUUCAACCUGAUGAUCGAGGGGACUCCAGAAGGAUCCAGAAUUCCUCCAGACGUAGGCCCACAGAACAAAGUCUUCAUGCAGGAGAAGGAGUAGCCGCCAUCAGUUCUCCUAUCCAGAUACAACGGGGUUUUAUGAACCAUUACAUGGACAUGGGAUCUUCAGCUUUACAAGGAGCCGCAUCUUCACCGCAGACCCUCCAGCUUAGCCCGUUCACAGAUCCAGGUCAUCUGUUCGCGUAUGAGGACAUGAGAGUGGACGGACUACAACCAUCCAGUCCCGGUUUAGCCCAUUACGCUGUGGGCAGCCAAUCAGUGGAUACUGUGCUGUAUACCAACAUGCUCACCUCUACACCUUUGAAGAGAGCUGACUCCGGGAUCUGCUGCACCUAUUCCGUAUCGCCACCCAAGCCGCAUUCGCCCCGUUCUGAAACCGAUCCGUCCCAUGCGCAGAACACGUACGAAUCCGCCAUCUUCACCACGCCCGCCCUUAAAUUGCAGAUGCCCCCUCCUGGAAAAGAAUGCAUGGAUACCUACGCCCCAAUGAGUCCUUCGGAUGGCUUCAAGUUGUCUCCUUCACCAGGUACCGUGGCCGCUUCCGAGUGGAGUUUCGUCCCUACCGAAGCGACCCCAAUGGGAGGCAGGUCGCCAGCUUCUCCGGACGGAACGCUCUAUGUUAAUACCAAGCGUAAUUAAGUCAGAAGUAUGGUCGGUUAAUCCCUCUAGUGGUGCGUUGGUAUUGUUUGAAGAUUUAUCAGGGAGUGUCAAGUUCAAAUUUAUUCUAAGUAUGUUUGAGGCUUACUAGAAUCAGAUACAGUUGAAUGAUCUUUCACAGAAAGCAGGUCAUGUCCAAUUAAUAAUAACAAGUAUCUGUUCUGAUGCAUUUAUAUUUGGCACGUUCGCCGGCAGGUUCGACAUAAAUGAUUGUGUGUAAAUAAAUACUUCAAAGCUUUGUUAAUACGUUCUGCAUCAUGCUCAUUCAGAUGCCAAAUCUACUACGCAAUUCUGUCUGUAUCAAUAGAAUCAACAAUGAGCACUUAACUUGUAAAUAUGACAUUUCACCAAUCUUGGAUAAAAGGGAAUAAAAUUACAUGAUUUUUAGGAUUAUGACAGCUUCAUUUUGCACGAUUUUCUUUUGCAUAUGUAAUACAGAUUGCACUAGCUGUGUCACACAAAACAUUGAUUUGAAUAAUAAGGAAAAAUUGGACAAGUCGCAUAUUACUAGGCCUACUGGAAAUUAAUUCAAAAUCGGAGGUAAAUAAAGUGGAAAGUAGGACAUAUUGAAUUUUUGCUCGAUUUCACAAAAAUAUAGACACAUUUAUUCUUAUGAAAAUCAUUUUUAUCGCAUGAAAUUCAAAAAAUUUUUUCAUUGUAAUGUGAAACAAGAAUACGUUCCUUCUGACCUCAUAAUGUGUAAACUCUAUCGUUUCAUCUUUUCGUGGUUAAACCAAGGCUUUACUUAUUAUCUAAUUAAUAAAGAUUGAAUACUCUAUUAUGUAUACAAUAAACAAAGAAAUAGUAACAUCGUCUCCUCUCUCAUUUUCAUGUCACGGGGAUAGCUGUGCAGAUAGUUGUUUUAUGAAAAGUAAGCGAAAUUUCACGUCAUAUAUUUCUUAUUAUUCGAAGUUUUCAGCAUUAUCAUUGUUUUAUUAUUCUCUAUUUAUUCAAAUCAUGUUUUUCUAUCAUGGACUUCACCUUAAAUCUUCUUUAUGUAGUUGCAUAAAACUUCAUACACUAGAUAAUCUUAAAUGUGUAAAUUCCUGUUCAUGUAUAUAUUCUUUUUGAUAAAUAAAAUAUAAGGAAAUCAGAAUAUCUUCAAUUUAAAAUGUUAAGAUAAAUAUGGAAAGAUCUAUGUGUUUGCACUACUUUUUUCCACACACCCUGUACAUGAUAUACGUGUUUAUCAUCAUGGUGCAGUAGAGCCUAAUAGUAUAAUAUUUUUUAAUGAACUUUCAUAGAAUGUCUAUUUGUUUUUUUUAUUUUAUAUCUAUUCAUUGUGCAAUGUCAAAAUAUAUUUUCGGCGAACUCGUCCUUUCACGACUGUCUUAAUACAAAAUAAUUUCCAAUUCCUUGGUUUACUUGUGAUUGAAAUUGCUGUAGUGCAUAAAAAGAAUGAUAUUACAAUAAUAUAUUUCCAACGUAUACAUGUUG